ACCUGACCUGACCACUUUUUUGUUCUUCCAAAUUCCGAAUUUCCUUUUUUUCGUUUCCACGUUAUUUCCUACCAUUUUACAUGACGUUGGCUACGGGCAACACCGCGUCCAUUAAGAGAAAAAAAACCAUGGAAUUGGAUAUGUUAUAUCCAGGUAUAUAUAUUAGGUGCUUUUGAACAUUUUGUCCUCCAAUUUUACCUGCCAGCUCCUUACUGAACGAACGAUUCAAAAUAAUGAGAUUUUUAGCAUAAAUUCAAGUGAAGACUGCAGGGUGACCCGUUGCCUUAUCAAUCUUAUCAUUCAGAGCAGUGGCGGAUUAGCCACGUGGCAAAACUAGCAAAUGUCACGGGCCCCGCGCACUCACGCAUUGUGCCCGAUUAAAAAACCUAAGUCCAUGGGCCCAUGAUAGAAUUUGCUACAGGCCCCGCGCUGGCUUAAUCCGGCACUGACUCAGAGCCGCGAUCUGAUUAAAUAAUUAUUCGUAAUACAACUAAAACAAUAGAGUGUACAUCUAGAAGUUAUAUGUACAUAAUAAUACUGUGAUUAAAAUUGUGCGCCAGCAAUUGUUUGUCUAUAUAUAUCCUUGUCUUUGGCUAUGAGAAGCAUUAGAAUCGGACCAAGCCAACUCUGCAUGGCAAUUGUAAUGGCAAAGUGUGGCCAUGUCAUAAUCAAAUUUCUAUGAAAAUAUGACGUUUGUAAUAACAUUCCCUCACUUUGUUCUAUUUAAGUCGGUGCAAAAAGUUAGCUUAGACGGAGUACUGUGUCGAAAAAGUGACAACCAAAACUAUAGACAAAUAACCGAUUUUCAAGACCGAAGUGAUCCCAUAAGUGUUCCGUGAACAAAGUUUUGUGCGGAACACUAAAAACUAUAGUAAACAUACUCAGUUGAAGUAGCAGCUAAUAUAGGUGAACCAGAUGGCGCUGCACGGCUUCUACAUAAUAUUUACGUAACUAGAUUGUGAGCUAGUUGAGUUGAGAGUAGGCGUUUGACAAUUUAGUUACUAAAUAAUGUUCAGCGCCAUCUAGAUUUGCUUUUAAUACCGCUCAACGAUAUAUCCUUUCAACUGUGUAACUCUAAUAGUUAAUUUAGUCUAUGCCAAAAUAGAAUAAUUUCUGAAGCGCAUACAUUUUACUCGUAGUAAUAAUGUACAAUACUUAGUGCUAUCUGCUAUAUUAUAUAGGGUGUCUCAUUUAAAUCGGUCAGUAUGCUAAAGUCUGAAACUAUAAGACAUACGAAGAUCUGUUCGUAGGAAUCAUGUCAUCGAUUUUAAUAUGAAGAAAAUCUGCAUUCAUACAUUUAAGAAAACCUGUACUCAGCUCGGGAAUCGAACCCGGUUGUUUUGAAAAAAAUAACACACUAUUUCUAUUUAGAUAUCGAUUGUGUAGGUCUUAAGCAGUAAAUGGCUCUAUGAAACAAAUGUAUGAAUGCAGUUUUUCUUCAUAUUAAAAUCGAUGACAUGGUUCCUACAAACAGAUCUUCGUAUGUCUUAUCGUUUCAAACUUUCCCAUACUGACCGAUUUAAAUGAGCCACCCUGUAUACAACUGUAGUUUUAAAACGUGUUUAUUUCAAUUAUGAUAUAUAUAUCUGUUUUUUUACUUCGAUGGAAUAAUUUUAUUAUUCUUAUGUUGUCCGAUAUCAUAACUACUCGUACUUAUGAAAUGAAAUAAUAAUUUUAUUUUCAAUACUCUUUCGUUUAAUUUCACCAAACAGUGCCUUGUCUUUUCUUGUCGAUGAUAAAAUUAAAUAUGGAAUGUCAAAACGUUAAUCAGCACAAAGAAAAAAAAUGGGAAGUCAUUUGACAAAUUACAAAUUCUGAAAUUUGUUGUUAAAAUAUGUCAUACUCGAAGAAUGCCCGUAAACUACCGGAUAUCAGUAAAUCAUCGUUACACUCGGACACACGUGAGGCGGAAGGAGUGAUUGCUUGCAACGCAUCUGAGAGUUGCACCUAUGCUGUGACUGUGUCAAAAAAAACAUGCGGCACGGUUGAGGAAUCUCCGCUCUGCUCCGGCCAAAAAUCCUUCAUCAGUAUCCACUCAACCGACCAACUAUGUCAAGUGGCCGACAUCGAACACCCCGCCAACCUCGACGAGUGCAACGUCGAAGUCAUCAGCCUCAACGAGGUCUUCCCAUCCACAUCAGAAGAAAGCCUGUCCAAUGACGAUGAACCUCAAAGAAAAGAAAGAAACCGUACUAAGAAACCUAUCCCUAAACAUGAAAAAACGGCCUACGUACCGACCAAUAGCAAGUCUUCGACUGGCUCUCGGCACAAAGAACCGAUGGAGGGUCAGACGUCGGUGUAUUCGGACUUCGAUAUACCGAAGAACACGAUGUAUGUGGUUGGGAGCGAUCCGGGAGAAGCGAAGAAGUCUUAUCAGGAUCCACCGAAGAAAAUUUCGAAGACGAUGAAGAAGCUGUUCCGAAACAUUGACAAGCACAAGAGCGAACAAAAUAGCAAAAGCGAGAAACAAGCACUCAGCAAGCUGACGAUGAGGAGCAUCUUGAAGGACGGGCGCUGCGGGCCGGAGUGCACCGGAGACUCCGUUCAGCCCUCCGACGACUAUUCACCUGACGACCACAACAUUCCACCGUUCAUGGAAUUCGAUCCAGCAACGAACUACGCCCACUACGUCAAACAGAACCCAGACAAGAACGUCACCUUCAAUACGCAAGUGGUCAUUAUUCACUUCACAGGCGACCUCUGUGUGGGGCAAAGCGUAGAAACGCUAAGCAAAGAGAAAGACCAACAAGCGCGUAAUUCUGAACUUAGAAAAACUUUCCUCAACAAGUACAAUGAACAUUGGCCCACUCAGAAGUAACCUGAUUUUAGACAAUUUCAUUACCUAAUUAAUCUUUGCGCCUUUGGACUGCAAUUGGGAGCAGCGAUAAAAAAAUAUAUGCGUCAUUCUAGCGAAAAGGGUCUUUAGUUAUACUAGGCGCUUACGUCAUUAUUAGUGACGCCCAAAAAUUAGUCAUACGCGUCUAUUGCACUAAGGUCCAUUUUCGUGAAUGACACAUACUCAAUUGUUUGUCUAUGGUCAAUCAAUCUUAUUGCGCAAUCUCAGCUAUCCAUUGCACUCUAACUUCGUUUGUCAGAAUGCGAUAGCUGGCAUCGUACAAACGUUGCAGCCUAAAAUUGUCACGAAAAGCGAAAAAUCCGUGGCAAUCAUGAAAAGUGAAAAAUACCUCCAAUUGGAUUGUACAUCUUGCGGUAGGCGCCUAGCUAUUAUUUAAUACUUAUAUUAAGUUGUCCUAAAUGUUUUUAUUAAUUUAUUAUAUCUGCACGUUUUGUAAUGUUACUGAAUUAUGGUGCUAAUACCUGUUCCCUUGUUUACUUAAAGUCCGUUCGGUUAGCUAAGCAUUUCUGUAUCAUGUAGAUUUAGUAAAGCAAAUUGAAAUAUAGAUUUACAAAAUC